UCUAUACAGCGGAACAUUGCACACUUUCUCAAAGCACAAUUCAUAUUAUCUCAAGAUGGUCCAGUUACUCAAUAACGUAACCCGCCUCAUUGCCGGCGUCACGGUUCUUGACACCCCAAUCAUCAAUGCCUCUAUCGCGCUGGCUCAGCAAAGCCUCCCGUUGAAUGGUUUCAACCACGUCAUGCGAGCCUGGAUUAAUGGUCAAGCUCUCAUUAAUCAUCUGCCCGCCAAGAACCGCUCGCACAUUGAUGUGGAGGCGUUUAGCGUUGCCGCUAUCUUACAUGAUCUUGGAUGGGCAUUUAACACCAGCUUUGUGUCUGACGACAAGUGGUUCGAGGUCGACGGGGCAGAGGCUGCCAAAAGCUUCAUACGCAACCGGACCCAGGCGGAAGAAUGGGACGACCAUCGAGUACAGCUAGUUUGGGACGCUAUUGCGCUCCACACCAGUACGGACAUUGCGAAAUUCAAACAGCCUGAGGUACUAUACACCAGCGCUGGAACCAUCUUGGAAUUGAUCGGCCCGGAGUUGGCGAAGGAGCAAUGGGGUGAUAUCAUUACUGUCAAUCAAACACAAUGGGAAAAUAUUCUGGACGCUUUCCCCAGAUCGCAAUUUAGGGAUUAUCUCUUCGACACCCUGACCCAUUUUUGUCGCGAAAAGCCACAGACAACAUAUAAUAACGGUCUUUACAGUAUUGGGGAGAAGUAUGUGGCGGGGUAUAAUGCGACGGGGCAUCAAAUGGUUGACAUCCUAGAGUCAGUGAUGGCGGCUGAUGAGUGA